AACUCACUGGUAUACAUACAGACUCUGAUGAAAGCUGCCUUAUACUGUACCACAGGUCUACCACGAGUAGUUUUCCAUUCUCCCUACUCUAUAUUUAAUGUGAAUACGUGUUUUAAUAUCAGAUUUUUUGUUGAACCUGCUGAAUUCAUAAGACAAACUCAAGACAUGGGAGGAUCACAGUCAAAAGAAAAUGCAGCAUCACAAACUUACCCAGAAUUAAAGAAACCAUGGAGAGAUUUCAAUUGGGGGGAGAAAGAGGAGUUGCAAAAACGCUUGGAAAACUUUUCUAUAAAUCAUCCAGAAGUAUCAGACGUCAGGAUUCUGGUAGCGGGACAAAUCGGAGCAGGAAAGUCCAGCUUUAUUAACUCAAUCAAUAGUGCCUUUCAAGGAGAGAUUGAUUGUGAGGCGCUUGCUGAUGCCACUGCUGGUACAAGUUGCAGUUUCACACAAAGAUUCCAAACAUUUCACAUCAGUAAUAAAAGUGGAAAGUUGCCUUUUGUCUUUGGUGACAUUAUGGGUUUAGAAGCUAACUCACUCAAUGGAUUACAAGUGGAUGAUGUCAUCAAGACCAUAUCUGGCCAUGUAAAGGAGAGCUAUCAAUUUAAAGAAGGGAAGCCUCUUACUUCCGAGGAUGAAGGUUACCAGGAAAAGCCUUCAGUUUCUGACCAGUCCUUCUGUCUGGUUUACGUGAUAGCUGCAGAUACAGUCCAACUGGCAGAAAACAGUCUGUUCAAUAAGUUGAAGUUAAUUCGCCAGAGAAUCAGUGAUCAAGGGAUUCCUCAAGUGAUUGUCAUGACUAAAGUGGAUGAAGCAUGUCCACGGGUGAAGAAUGAUCUUAAGAAGAUCUACUAUAGCAAGAAGAUCGAAGAGAAGGUGCAGUACUGCAGCAUCCAAGUGGGUGUGCCAAUAACCAGCAUCUUUCCAGUGAAGAACUACCAUAAUGAGAUCAACACGAACGAUGAGGUUGAUGUUCUGAUUUUAAAGGCCCUCGAUCAGAUUGUGCGUUCUGCUGAAAAAAGAAUUCAGAAAGGCCCUUACUCACUUAAAUAAAAUUCAUAAAUACUGCACAGUAAUUGCAUGUAAAU